AUGCCGCCGAUUGUUCGAAAGAAGAAGCCGGGGGGAGGAGGUCUUGGCGCAGUCAGGCUGAGCUCCAAGCCUCUCGCGACGUGGUCAGAUGCAUCGGGAGCGACAGACGCGUCCAUUGGAUUCGCACAUCAAGACCCUCCUGCUCCUUCCGCGCAGCUCGAAUCUCCUCAGUCCGUACCUCGCGGAUCUCACGCUGCGUCGCACGCUCUGCCUGCUGCGAUCGAUGGCAGUCAAGCGACCCGAACCCAUUCCACCGUCGCAUCUCAGCCGUCGGAUUCACAUCGGCAUCCGUCGAUCCGGGACGUGCAUCCUGCAGAUCCGCUUGACGUUUUGCUGCCGGAAUCCGCGAAGCAGCAUCUGCUUGCAGCGACGGACCCCGCACACCCUCCGCACGCAACUGCGAAGCGAGGAGCAAUAGCUGCUUCCAAGAAAGGACUUUCGCAAUCCGUCGCACCGUCGUCGUCCAAUGCGACAUCGCAUGCGACAGAUGCGACUCCAACGACAUCUGUCGUCUCUUCGACUAACAGAUCGUCAACAGCACAUCAUCAACCCUCCACCGCGACAUCGUCGCAAGGGCAAGGCGCGGUUCCUCCCGCGUUUGCUCCCGCUCCCCGCGCUGCAGCUUCCGCUCCGCACGGUCCGUCGUCUUCCGCGGCGGGUGCAGCGACCGCGCCGAUUAAGAUCAUCGGGCUCUCCGGCAAGGCGUCGCGGUCGUCGCUCGUCAAAGGCAAGCCGCUCGUCGCUCGCUCCGCGAUCACUCCCUCUCCCGCUGCAACCCCUAAUGCUUCCAACAACGUUAGUGCCACCGCGGUUAGCAGCAGCAGCAACAGCAGCGGCAGAAGUGUCAGCCUGUCUACUCUCACUGGUGCUCCAUCCGUCGCAUCUAUCCCCGCUAAUGGCAUUCCCGUUGCAACGCCAACACCUUCGGCUAUACCUGCUGCGAUUCCGAAUUCUUCCGUCCCGUCAAAUCACGCGGAGCCGGCAGCGAGUGCGUUUCUGGGCUUCGACGACGCGGACGAUCUGCGCGCGGAUGCUUCGCGCGGACCCACUCGCCCCGCCUCGUUCUCCACCGCUGUCCCCGCGCCUCUCCUCCCCCCCGCGGCAGUGCCGUUCUUCGACUCCCCGCUCGCCUCAGCCGCACCCGCGCCGCCCGUUCCCCUCGCACCGGCAUCCCCCUCCUCGUCCUGCUCCUCCACCUCCUCGUCCUCCGCGCCCGUCGCGCGCAAACUAACGUCCCCCCGGCUGGGAGGCAAGCCCGCAGGCAAAGGCAGGCUGCUGGGGGCCGUGCCCAGACGGCUGUCCGCGCCGCAGCUGAGUGCUGCGAGCAGUGGCGACGGGCCUGGCGGUGAGAAGCAGGCGCAGGCGGCGGAGGAGCAGCAGGCGCGGGAUGCGCAGAUGGAGCAGGCGAGGGAGCGGGAGAAGCAGCGGCAGAUGGAGGAAGAGAGUCGGAAGGAGCGGGAGCAACAGGAGCGCGAGCGGUUGGAGCAGUUGCGGAAGGAGGAGGAGAGGAGGGAGAGGGAGAGGUUGGAAGAGGAGCGAAGGGAGAAGGAGAGGAAGGACGAGGAGCGACAGGAGCAGGUUCGGGUUGAGCGGGAGAGAAAGGAGAAGGAGCGGCUUGAGCGGCUUAGAGCAGAGCAAGAGAGGAAGGAAAGGGAGAGGGAGGCGCAGCUGAAAGCCGAGCAGGAGAGGAAGGAAAAGGAAAGGCUUGAGCGAAUGAGAGAAGAGCAGGAGAGGAAGGAGAAAGAGAGGCUUGAGCAACUGAGAGAAAAGCAGGAGAGGAAGGAGAAAGAACUACUGGAGCAGCAACGACUGGAGCAGCUUAGGUCGGAGCAGGAGAGGGAGGAAAGGGAGCGGCUGGAGUUGUUGCAGAAGGAGCAGGAAAGGAGGGAGAAGGAGAAGCAAGAGCAAUUCAGAAUCGAGCGUGAAAAGAAGGAGAGAGAGGAGCAAGCGAGGCUGCAGGAGCAGGAAGGGAAAGCGAAGGAAAUGCAAGAGCGUAUGGAGAAGGAACUAUUGGAGAAGGAGCGAUUGGAGAAGGAGAAGAUAGAGGAGAGGGAGCGAGAGGAGAAGGUAAGGAAAGAGCUAGAGAGAAAGCAGAAGGAGGAACAGGAGCAGCAGAGGCGGAAGGAAAGGGAGCGGAAAGAGAAGCUGAAGGCAGAGAGGGAACGAGUAGAGUGGGAACAGCGGGAGCAGAAGCGGAUCGAGGAGGAGAAGAAGGAGCAGGAGAGGCGCAAGGAGCAGGAACGGAAGGAGAGGGAGCGGCAGGAGGAGUUCAGGAAGAAAGAGGAGCGGAAGGAGCGGGAACGGCAAGAGUGGCUUCGGCGAGAGGAAGAGAGGAAGAAGAAGGAGCGGCAGGAGCAAUUGCGACGAGAACGAGAGAGGAGGGAGCAGGAGAGGCAGGAGCGUCUGGAGCAGCAGCGCAGGGAGCGCGAGCAGAAGGAGCGCGAGAGGCAGAAGAUGGAGCGCAAAGCGAGGGAGAGGCAGGCGGAGGAGCAGGCGCAGGAGGUGAGGAAGCAGCGCACGAGGCCCGCUGCUGAAGGCAGUGCGCUGGUAGGCAGCGCGUGGGCCAACGGGCGGGAUGGCCCCGCCGGGUAUGCUGCCAAGGGUGGCGCCAAGGUGGGUCGCACUGAUGCUGACGUGGCUGCCGGCGCGGCUGCACGGCUGGCUGCAGGCGAGGAGGCCAACGGCGAGCAGCGGAAGGGGCAGAGCAAGAAGGGCGGGGGCGGUGGGCAUGGCGAGGGCUGGGCGGGAGAGGGUGACGGGUGGGGGAGCAUAGACGAGGGUGAUGAAUGGGGGAUCGCGGACAGAUUCGUUGCGGAGAGGCCUCUGGGGGAGCGCGCGUAUGCGCGCACCAACAGCUUCCAGGGCGUUAGCUCUGCUGCCAUGAGCGGAGAGGCGGGCGCGCAGGGGGGGAGGCAGCACGGGGAAGGGUGGGGAGGCCUGGGCGGGGAUGCGUGGGGCGGGUUCGGGGUGGGGGGAGUGGGCGCGCGCAUGGCGCGGCCGGCGACAGCAGGGGGGCGGAGGGAGGGGGCGUGGCCGCUGCUGGGGUCGCUGGUGAAGGCGGCGUCUGACGUGUCCGCGUGGUCGUCUGACGUGCUGCUGACGGGGCAGCCCGGGGAGGAGGCAGGGGAUGGCGCAGGCGCACGCAGGGAAGGCGUGCAGGGCGGGCAGGAUGGGGAGGGGGUGCUGGGCGAGGGGGAUGAUGUGGGCGUGGGUGGUGGCAUUAACAGGCGGGGAGGGGACGGUGUGGGGGAGGACAAGGAGAGCAAUGAGAGCAAUGAGAGUAAUGAGAGCAAUGAGAGCAAUGAGAGCAAUGAGAGCAAGAUCCGCAGCCUGUUUGACAAGGCUGGCGCGGGGCGAGAGGGCGCAGGGGCAAAGCUGGGUUCACAGGUCAUCAACCAAGUUUCCCCAGCAUCGACACUUGCCUACCAACAAAGCAUGUCCAACGCGCCCCUUUCCUCUGAUCCCUCUGCAGGCGCGUUGGCCCUCAAGGGUCUCGCCAUGCCCGUGCUCUCCAUGCUGGGAGGCGCCGCUGCUGACCCAGCCACAGCGUCCCCUGCUGCUCCUGCUGCACCUGCUGCUGCUGCUGCUGCUGAUGGCCCCAAGCCCACUUGGGGUGCGGCGAGCGCAGGUGGCUUUGCUUCUUGGAUGGGCGGAGGGGACGAGGGUGGCGAGGCCGGGGCAGAGGUUGGGGCAGAAGUGGGGGCUAGCGGUAGGGAGAGGGGAGGAGGAGUCGGGGGGAGGAAGCAGCUGGGGUGGGAGGACCUGGUGAGCAUGGACUUUGGGGGCGUGGGGGAGGACGCGGACGAGGGGGGCGCGGAUGGGGGGGCGUCGGGCGAAGUUGGGGUACUGGCCAUGCUGCAGAGAGGACUGGCGGACGAGGAGGAAGAGGAAGAGGAGGAGGAGGAAGAAGAGGAUGUGAUGGCAGCGCUGGCGAGCGGCAGUGCGGUGCGGCUGGGGGGACCCAUGAUGGCCUCCGUGGCGUCAGCAGUGUCGGCUGCUGCCACCCGCCUGCUCAAGGCCACUGCCAGUGAGGAGGACGCUGCCGCCUUCUUUGCUGCUGUGGACCGUGACGCUGUCCGCCCUGCCCCGCCCGCUGCUGCUGCUUCGCUCGCAGGGCCCACGGCGCAGCUGCUGCCGGGUGCUCAGGGCGCUGCUGGUUCAGGAUCCGCGGACUCUGGGGCUGCGAGGGUUGUAGAGGGUGGUGCUGGCGUGGGUGGGGGGAAGAGUGGGGAGGAGGGCGGGCAGGUGGAGGAGCGGGAGGAGGAUGCGGCGGCUUGGUUUAUGUCUGCUGAUGCUGAUGCUGAUGCUGAUGCUGAUGGCGAUGCUGAUGGCGAUGCUGAUUCUGGUGCUGCUGCGGGUGCUGGCGCUGGUUCUGACGCUGUUGGGGCUGACCUGGUAGACGGUGUGGAUGGGCAAGGGGAAGCCACGGCUCCUGGUGCUGGUUCUGAAGCCACUGCACUUGAUACAGCCAUGGAGGGAGGUGAUGAGGGGACCGGUGGUGCGAUGGUAAGUGGAGAUGGCGUGGAGGGGGGAGAAGGGCAGUGGAGUGGAGCAGGUGAGCAGACAGUGGGGGAGCAGAGCGCGGGGGAGCAGAGCGUGGGAGAGGGGUAUAUGGGAGAGCAGCAGAUGGCGGUGGAGGGCGGGGAGGCAGGGCAAGAGGGGCAGGCGUGGCAGGCGUAUCAGGAUGGGCAGGCAGGAUGGCAGCACGAUAGUCAGAGCGAGGGGCAGUAUGCAGGGCAGGGCGAGGGGCAGUAUGGCGGGCAGGUGGAGGGGCAGUAUGGCGGGCAGGUGGAGGGGCAGUACGGCGGGCAGGGUGAGUUGACGGCGGAACAGUGGGAGGAGCAGCAACGGCAGUGGGCAGAGGCGUACCCUGGCUGGUACUGGGACUACGCAGCAGGCGAGUGGAGGCAGAUCGAGGGCUAUGUGCCACCUGCUGCUGCUGACACCGCAGCUGUAGCAGAUGCCUCUGCUGCUGCAGAAGCGGAUCCUGGAGCAGCAGCAGCAGUGGCAGCAGGCGACGCUCCAGCAGCAGGCACCACGGAGCAUGCAGUGAUGGAGGCAGCUCCUUUAGAGCAAGUUCCUCCGGAAGCGGAAGCAGAAGUGGGUCAGUCGCCUGUUGCUGAGCCUUCAGCACCACCGGCAGAGGCGUGGCAAGGGGCAGGCGAGGCGGAGGAGAUGACGGAUGUGGCACGUCAGGCUGAGAUGACAGUGGCAGAGUCAGCUGACGCCCCGCCACCUGUCCCUUUUGGGGAUACAUCUGAGUUUCAGCCGGUGCUGAUGGCAGCAGGUGAACAGGGCAAGGAGCAGGCAGAGAGCCGUGUGCAGGAGGGGGUUACAGGAGUGGGUGGGGAUGAGCAGCUGCCAGUCAGUCCUGCUCUGCAGCCCCUCUCCUUUGAUGCCGCUCCUCCUCUGCCUCUCCUCCCUGACUCCCAACCCACCGUUCCCCCGCUCUCCUCUGAGCUCACUCAGGUUGGCGCGGGGAUUCAUAGUGGGGAGGAGUUGCGUGUGUGUGAGGGAGGCGAGGCAGCGGUGGCGGAGGUUGCCGAGGAACGGGCUGCAGUGACGGACGCAGCGGGUAUGGAAGGGGGGAGUGCGGGUGGCGUGGGCGAGGGUGAGCAUGAUGCAUUUGACGCCGAGGGAGGCGAGGGGCAGGGGGAUGGUGACGUGCGGAUGGGGGAGGAGGGGCAGGUGGCAGGUGAAGCCGCUUGGGAGGGGCAGCAGCAGGAGGGGCAGCAGCAGGUGGAGGGCCAGGGAGUAGAGGCAGCUGCAGUUGGUGUGUCGGGGGUCAUUGCAACGGAGUACCCGGGGUGGGUGGUGGACGCAGUGACUGGCGAGUGGCGGCAGGUGGGCGAGGCGGCGCCAGCAGCAGCAGAUGAGGCUGGCGAUGCGGCGGGCAGCAUUGGCGCAGCAGCAGCAGGGGGGGAGGCCAUCGCACUGCAGUACCCCGGGUGGCGCUGGGAUGGCCUGCUGGGCCAGUGGGUGCCGGAUGACCAGCCAGAUGAUGCUGCGACAGUUGCUGCUGCAGAUGGGGCUGAAGCUGCUACAGACGUUGCUGGUGGAACGACGUUAGCAGUAGAGGCUGUAGCAGCGGAAGCUGUAGCAGCGGAGGUUGUAGCUGAAGGCGCAGAAGGGGCAAUAAGUGAGCCCAUUGCAGGGGAGCAGGAGUGGGUACUGGGGGCAGAAGCAAGGGAGUCUGUGGCUCCAGAAGGGGAGGGAUCGGAGUGGAUGGAAGCAGGUGAGGGAGAGGUCGUGGAUGCAGCAGCGGGAGAGGAGGGCAUGGGGCUUGCACCACCAGAGGUGAUGGGCGGUGCAGCAGCAGGGGGUGCAGAAGGUGUCGAUAGCCAGGGUGAGACAGUCUCAACGCAGGUAGUCGAUUCAGCUGAGGGAAUGGUUGAGGAUUCUGUAGGCAAUGCAGCAGAGUUUCUGGCGCAAGAGGAGCAAGUGUUGUCAGCAGGUGAAGAAGCAGUAGAUGCGAAGGCUUGGGAGGCAGGCGAGGCAGGCAGUGAGGCAACAGCAGCGGGUGCAGUGGAGAGUGCAUUCGCGGAGGGUACCGAGACAACAGGAAGUGAGGCCAUAGCAACGCAGUACCCCGGGUGGGAGUGGGACGCUGUGGCGGGCGAGUGGGUGUUCACAGGCGCGCAGCCCGCUGUAGCUGCCGACUCUGCUGCUGCUGCUGCUGCUGCUGCUGCUGCUGCUGCUGCUGCUGCUGCUGCUGCUGGCGAGACAAGCGAGGCAGGGGGUGCAGCAGCCGUGGUGGCAGGGGAGGGGUGGCCUGAGAGCGAGGUGAGUGGGGCAACGGUGGAGUGGGCGGCAGAGGAGGUUGAGGGAGGUGUUGAGGGGUCGCUCGUGGGGUUCGAGAGCGAGGGACAGGUGGUGAGUGAGGCAAGGGGGGAGGCGAUGGAGGGGCAGGCAGGUAGUGCAGGAGGGGAGGCGGAUGGUCAGGCGGAGGCAGACGGAUUUGCGGAUGUUGGUGUUGAGGUUGCAACUGAAGCUGAGGUCAGUGCUCCAGCGGUGGAUGAGGUUUCAGAGGCAGUUGGGGGGCCAGAAGAGGGAGAGGGGGGGCAGCAGGUAGGGGAAGAAGCGGUGGAGGGGUGGACAGACGGGCUGCAGCAGGGAGAGUUGAAGGCGCUGGAUGCAGAUACAGAUGCAGCAGCAGCUGAUGCGGCUGCUGCUGCUGCUGGUGUUGCUGCUAGUGUGGGUGCUGAGGAGACGGCAGCUUCAGUCACAGCACAGGCAGAGGGUGCUUCCGUGGAGCCCUUCUGGGCGGACGCAGGGGUUGCGGAGGGAGGCUAUGGGGAGGCGCUGGGGGUGGGCGCAGGUGGUGCAGAGGAGGCAUUGGGAGAGGGCGGCGGAGGGAUGGCAGCAGUGGUGGCUGCAGAGGCAGAGGGCGCGGAGGCUGCAGGGUAUGAGGCGAUAGCAGCGCAGUACCCCGGGUGGAUGUGGGACCCUCUCACGGGCCAGUGGGUGCCCACAGACGAGCAGCCUGCUGUAGCAGAGGCGGCUGAAGCAGGUGACGCUGGUGGAGCAGCUGAGGUCAUGGGAGCAGCUGAUGCUGCUACAGCUGGUGUGAGUGUGAUUGAGGAGGGCGGCUUUGGGGAGGGCGGUGCAGUGGCUGAGGCAGAUGCAGCAGAAGCAGCAGUAGAUGCAGCAGCAGGGGCGGGGAUAGGGAUGGGAAUGGGGGAGGGCGACGGAGUGUUUGAGGAGCAGGACUUGCCAGGGGACGCUGGGGUGGCUGUGCAACCACUAGCAGCAGAGGAGCAUGCAGGUGGACCUGAGGCUGCUGUUGUGGCAGAAGGUAUAGCCGAGGCAGAGGUUACUGGGGGAGAGGGUGCAGCAGGGCAAGAGGGGACGACGGCAGGGCAAGAGGGGUUAGCAGGAGAGGAGGGCACAGCAGGCGAAGGAGACGUGUUUUGGAAGGAGGAGGUGGUGGAGGCAGCUGCUGUGGCAGCCCCAUGGGAAGCAGAGGGCGGGUCGACAGAAGCUGAGGGCGGGAUAAGCACGUCAGUGUUGAGCGCAGAUGGACCUGGGACUGAGGUGGCGGGUGGAGGGGCACAGGCAGAGGCAGAGGCACAGGCAGAGACGUUUGCGGUUAGUGGCGAGGCAGCAGGGGCGGACGUCAUAGCAACGGAGUACCCGGGGUGGGUGGUGGACGCAGUGACUGGCGAGUGGCGGCAGGUGGGCGAGGCGGCACCGGCAGCAGCAGAUGGGGCAGCAGCAGCAGAUGGGGCUGGCGAUGCGGAGGGCAGCAGCGGUGCAGCAGCAGGGGCGGAGGCCAUCGCGCUGCAGUACCCUGGGUGGCGCUGGGAUGGCCUGCUGGGCCAGUGGGUGCCUGACGACCAGCCAGAGUCUGCUGCUGAUGGGGCUGAAGCUGUGGCAGCAGUGGCAGCUGUGAACGAGGGUGAGGCAGCAGAGGUAGCUGCAGUGGAGGCGGUGGGUGAAGCAGCAGAGAGCUUGGGCGUGGGUGCUAUUGGUGGGGAGGCAGGGAGAGUUGAAGGCGGUGCAGAGGGGGAAGUGAUAGCGACGGAGUACCCAGGGUGGAGGUGGGAUCCUCUGUUGGGUCAGUGGCUGCCCACGGACGAGCAGGUGCCUUCUGGUGCAGGCGCAGCUGCUGCUGCAGACGAGGCUACUGCUGCUGCUGUGGAGGCAGUGAGUGGCGCAGGGGAUGGGGCAGCAGCGGUGGCUGGCAGCGUGGCAGCUGGCGGAGAAAGUGCAGGGAUAGCGGGUGCAGAUAUACCAGGGUUUGGGGCAGGGGAGGCAGACGAGUGGGCUCAGUUUGAAGAGACGGUGCCCAAGGAAGGGGAGGCAGAGGGUGGGGUUGCUGCAGACGCAGGCAAUGCAGCGGCGUCUCAGGGUGAGCCUGCCAUGCAGCUGUCGUUUGAGGCAGCUCCCCCUCUCCCUGGCCUGGCCCCACCUCCGGAUUCUCUUGCUGCCUCUACAAGCGCAGAGGCAGGUGAGGAGGGGACAGGCGAACAGGGUGGCGCGGUGGGGGUAGACGCAGCUGCCGCUUCGGAGGAGGUGAGUGCAGGAGGCGAGGUGGCAGGUGCAGCAGGGGAGGGCGAGGCAGGGGCGUGGGCGCAGCAGGAUUGGAGCCAGUGGGGCCAGACGGAGUAUGAUGCAUACAAUGCUUGGUACUACCAGCAGCAGCAGCAGCAGCAGGAAGGGGAGGGACAAACACAAGUCACAGAGUAUGGCAGUACAGAGGCAGUGGCAGCACAGAGUGCAGCAGCAGCAGGGGUUAAUGGGGGGGCGGUGGCAGCAGAGGGUGCAUCCUCGUACCCACCCACAGCAGACAGCCUGCUCGUGCCCACCUCCUCGCAGCCUCUGCAGCAGCCGCCAUUGCCCAUGCAGCCACAGCCGUUCCUGCCCGCCCCUGCCCCAUGGGGAGAGGGCGCUGCAGCAGAGGCGCAGGGCAGUAGCAGCUACCCUGGCGGAUCGUCUCAGCCCGACCCUGGGUACGGCCCUGCUGGCUCGCGCUACAGCCAGCCCGACCCUGGCUACAGCCAGCCCCAGCCACACGCCCCCUGGGUGCCAGAGACGUACGAGCAGCAGCAGCAGCAGCAGUACCAACCAGUGCAGUACAAUCAUGUGCCGCCCACAAGCACAGCGGAGGCGGUUCUGUCGUCUGCGGGCCGCCCGCCGCACACGCUGCUGGCGUUUGGGUUCGGAGGCAGGGCAGCCGUGGUGGUGCCUGGCAGCUCCCUCGGACAGACCCUGGGGUCGCAGGGGCAGGUGGAGGUCAGUGCUGCCCCCCGUGCUGCACUGUCCCCGCCAGUGCAGCCAACACUGAAGCUGCUGCCCCUGCCGCACCUGCUGAGCCUCGCUUCCCACGACGGCGCCUCCACUGCCUCCAGCACCACCGGCUCGCUCUACCUCGCCCCGCUCACCGGCAAGCACGCGCCCAAUGGGCCGCUGACAGCUGGCGGCAUGUCGGCCAAGGAGAUGAGCAAGUGGCUGGAGGAGCGGGCUGAGAGGAGUGGCGAGGAGGAGGAGGAGGCGGAGGCAGCGGGCGGUGGGGGUGCGGGGAGGUCAGAGAGGGCAGAGAGUGUGGCGCUGCUGUGGCGAGUGCUGCGAGUGGCGUGUCAGUUCUACGGGCAGCUGAGGCGGGAUGGCAUGGGCAGUCGGUCCGCACAGGGCGAGUCAUCACCAGAGGCAGAGCUAGCCAAGGCGCUGGUGGGGGAAAAGGCUGGAGCCAGCAGUGCUACAGCCGCCCCCGCUGCCUCUACAGCCGGGCCCUUCCCCUUGGUGGCAGCGUCGGCAGCAGCAGUGGCUCCCAUGGCGCCAUACGCCUCUGCAUGGUCGCCCCUGCCUGCUGCCGUCUCUGCUGCUGCCCGCUUGUCGGACCUCCAACUGCCCAUCCCCACGGAAGCUGCUGUUCAGGUGCGCUCCUCACGUGCUCUGCUCUUCUCCCUUCCCUCUCGUGCCUGGGGCUUUUUUCAUUCCUGCACUGCUUGUCCUUUGGAUGCACAUGCCCUCUGCUCUCCACCUACCCCAAUUCCAUCCCUCCAUUCGCUCCCUCCGCACCCAUGGCCCCUACAGGCGGCAGCGCGGGAGGUGAAGCAGCAUCUGGUGGCGGGGAGGCACAUGCAGGCGCUGGAGGCAGCCAAGGCGGGCCACCUGUGGGGGCUGGCGCUGCUGCUCGCGCAGCACAUGGGCGGCCCCACCGACACGCGCCUCUUCCUCUCCACAGCACACGCCAUGGCGGCUCAGCAGUUCGCCCCUGGCGCCCCUCUGCGCACUCUCACUCUCCUGCUCACCCAGCAACCAUCUGAGGGGGACGUGGCCGCAGCACACAUCUGCUACCUCGUCGCAGCGGGCAGCUUAGAGCCCUUCUCCUCCUCGGCACGCAUGUGCCUGUUAGGCACGGAUCACCUGAAGCACCCGCGCACGUUUGUGACAGCGCAGGCCAUUCAGCGCAGUGAGGUGCUAGAGUACGCGUUUGUUCUCGGCAACCCACAGUUCGUGCUGCUCCCCCUGCUCCCCUUCAAGCUUGUUUAUGCCGGCAUGCUCACUGAAGCAGGCCGCCCGGCCGCGGCCCUCAAGUACUGUAGCGCGGUGCUGAAGAUGCUUAAGGCGGGCGGCAGGGGGCGGGGGGUGGCGGCGGAGGUGGAGGGGUGGAGGGCAGCAGCAGAGCAGAUGGAGGAGCGACUCAAGGUGCAUGUGCAGGGGGCAGGGGGGGGCGGGGUGGCAGCAGCACGCGUGUUUGGAGAUCUCAUGAGCUUCCUUGACAGGGGCGCUAGAAAGAUUGUCGGUGGGGGUCCUGCAGCCACUCCCCUUGCGCCAGGUGUCGCAUCUGCAUUGGGUGGAGGCGCCAUGGGGGACAUUGUGCCUGGAGGAGCUGGCAGCAAGCCAGGAUUGGGAGAGUCGUCUCGGUUUGGUUCAGCGCCGAACCUGGGGGUGGCUGGGAAGGCUAGCACGACAGGGGGAGGGGGGUGGUGGGGUCUGGGCAAACGCGCCAUUCCUGCGUCCACAUCGUCCCCGGGCCUGCACAGCACGUCCGGUCCGAACCUGGUAGGCUUGGCGGAGGGGCGGGGCGCAGGUGCCACUGAAGCAGCUCCGGUUAGUGAAGGCGGUCUGGCGAGCAGCUACAGUGCUGCUGCUGCUGCUGCGAUGGCUGGUGGUGGUGGGACCACAAGUGGCUGGUCUGAUGGUGCUAUGGGUGCCGCAGCAGGGGCAGGAGCACAGGGAGCAACGGGAGGGGAGCAGGGCAGUGUGUGGAGCGGGGGAGUGCAAGAGACAGCAGGUGGUGGCACGGCUGAGGUGUUAUCCGAUGCCUCUGACUCUGCCGCCUGCACUCCCCUCUCCUCCUCCUCCACCCCUGCUGCCGCCACCGCUGACAUGCCCCCAAUCUCCCUCUCCCCGGCCUACGGCACACCCACGGGGGAUAGCAGCACAGCAGCAGCAGUAGCGGCAGGGGGGGGAGGGAGCAGCAGGGCAGGGGAGGCGGUGCCUGCUGCAUCCCAGACGCCAGCCAUCAAAGAGGAUGAGCCGCUCUCCAUGGCAGCGUUUGCAGCAGAGUGGCACGGCACCCCGAGUGCAGCAGGUUGGGGUUCAGGGCACCUCACACCCAUCCGAGAGUCCCCCAGCGGGGAGGGGGAUGCUGACUUUGUGCCGCAGGCCCAGCCUGCCCUCGUGCCGCGCUCCCAGUCCGCCUCCGCUGCAGAUCUACCCACCCCAGGUGCACCUGCCACCAAGAAGGCCGCGCCGCGCAGCAGAUUCUCCCUGGCUGGGCUGCUGGGCGUCCACCCGAGCAAAGUGAGCCCCCAGGACAUGGCCGAGGGGAGCGCUGAUGCCACACUCACUGGGACAGGUGGGAAGGCGGCAGCGAGCGGCGAUGGGAGUAGCGGGGGUGGGCCGUCAGCGUCCUCAUCGUCGGCGUUGCUGCUUGCCACGUCAUCAUCCAUGGGGCUGGUGACGGAGGAGGCGGUGGAGGGGCUGCUCGCCACUGGCACUGGCAUGUCCAACAAGCGCAGUGCCUCCGCUCCUGACAUGGGGCAGGCCGUGCCGGCCAAGGGCAGCAAGGGUGGAGGGGGCAAGCCACCAGCAGCGCCAGGGGGGAAGGGGCUGGGGCGCCUCUUUGGGUACUUCUGGGGUGGCGGCUCUGCUGCUGGGAGCUCAGGGGGAGGAGGUGCAAGCGGGAAGCAGGCGAAGCUGGGCGGCGAGAACACGUUCUAUUUCAACGAGAAGCUGAAGCGGUGGGUGGAGCGAGGCAAGGAGGACGAGGUCGUGGAAACCACCCUCGCCCCGCCCCCCACCGCCUUCGCCUUCGCCCCUGCUGCUCCCGGCACCUCCAACUCCGCUGACCCUCCUGCCACCACCCCUGCUGCUGCUCCUGCUGCUGACGGUGCCCCGCCUGCUUCUGCACCGCCAGCUGUCCAGUCUGCACCUGCGGCAGCUGCUGAUUCCACGUCAGCACUGGCCAGCUCAGCAGCGAAGCCCGGCCCUCCACUGGCUUACGCUGGCAGCUUUGGGCGGCGCAGUGCAGUGCGCUCCAGGUACGUGGACACAUUCAACAAGGGCGCCACCCCUGCACCCACCCCCGCCGCGUCGCUGCUGCCCUCCAUCCCGCGCCCCAUGCCUGCCGCCACUGGAGCAGCAGCACCAGCAGCAGGGGGGCCGCCAAAGUUCUUCAUGCCCGCUGCACCCAUGGCAGUCAUGACCCCUGGCCCGGCUCAAGGGGGUGAGGCGGGUGGCACAGAGGGGCUGGGUAAUGGAGUGGGGUCAUCAGGUGGGGAUGCCGUGCCAGGUGGUGGGUCAGGUGGUUCAGGAGCAGCACCUGAUGCUCCUGUGCCUGGGCCCAUGGCACCUGCAGGCAUAGCGGUUGGGGCACCGCCUAGAGCAGCAGCGGGGGCAGGCACUUCGGGACAGAGAGUGGGUGGGCAAGGAGGUGCAGGGGUGCAGCAGCACAAGGGCGUGUGGGCCGCGCAGGGGUACAUGUCAGCUGCUCCUCCCAUGCUGCCCCCGGGGGCUCAGGUUGCACAGGGAGCACUGGCAGCACUGGGAGUGGCACAAGGGUUUGCAAGCAGUGGUGCAUGGGGUGGUGCUGGUGGGGAUGGCAGCAGCAAUGGCUUCCCAGGGGCUGAUGACAUGCAGCAGGUGGAGCUGUGA